AUGGCAGUGUCCAAUAUGGUAUUCUCUGACGUGGAAAGUUUUCUGGAUACGCAUCCUGAGUUGUUUGAGGACUAUCUAAACAGAAAAGGGAAACAUAGUAUGGUGGAGAAAUGGCUCAAGAAUCACCAGGCAAGCAAAACUUCAGUAAGUACAACCGCAGUCGCCGAGUCGGAGAAAACAAGCGUCAGCGCCUGUAAAGACAGUUGGGCGAGCUGCAAAGGUGAUGGGGGCCCACAUAGACGAGCAUCGCAGAAGGAACUGCGGAAAACUUUCGCCAGGUCCAAAGCUAUGAAUUGCAACAGGACAUACGAUGAGCAAGUCAACUACAGGGCUCAGGAGCCACUGACAAGUAUGAGGAGGAGAGCUCUGCUGAGAAAAGCCAGCUCGUUGCCUCCAACCACUGCCCACAUCCUGAGCGCGCUCCUGGAGUCGCGAGUGAACAUACCUCAGUAUCCAUCCACAGCUGUCGAUUUCAAAUAUUACCUUAAAGAACACAACGAAAGAGAGUUUUUCCUGGAAUUGGUAAAAGACAUAUCUAACGACUUGGAUUUAACUAGCCUCAGCUACAAAAUCCUGGUGUUUGUGUGUAUAAUGGUCGAUGCAGACCGCUGUUCCUUAUUCUUAGUGGAAGGCUCAGCAAAUAAGAAGACAUUGGUAUCCAAAUUCUUUGAUGUUCAUGCAGGUAUCACAGUUUUACCCUCCAUGAGCAACUCGGAUGAAGUGCAGGUUCCUUGGGGAAAGGGAAUCAUUGGAUAUGUUGCUGAGCAUGGAGAGACAGUCAAUAUCCCAGAUGCCUAUCAGGACCGUCGUUUCAGUGAUGAGAUUGACAAGCUGUCAGGAUACAAGACCAAGUCCCUCCUCUGUAUGCCCAUUCACAACAGUGAUGGGGAGAUUAUUGGAGUAGCCCAGGCCAUCAACAAGAGUCCAGGAGGGGCUCUCUUCACUGAAGACGAUGAGAAGGUGCUGCAGAUGUACCUGCCCUUUUGUGGGAUCGCCAUCUCCAACGCACAGCUCUUCGCUGCCUCCAGAAAAGAGUAUGACAGGAGUCGGUCGCUCCUGGAGGUGGUCAACGACCUGUUUGAGGAGCAGACCGACCUGGAGAAGAUCGUGAGGAAGAUCAUGUACCGCGCCCAGACUUUGCUCAAGUGUGAGCGCUGCUCUGUCCAACUGCUGGAGGACAUUGAGUCACCGGUGGUGAAAUUCACCAAGUCGUUCGAACUGCUGUCCCCCAAAUGCAGUGCAGACAUAGAAAGCAGUUUUAAAGACAGCAUGGAGAAGUCCUCCUACUCUGAUUGGCUCAUCAACAACAGUAUAGCAGAGUUGGUAGCGUCCACUGGUCUGCCCGUCAACAUCAGUGAUGCCUACCAGGAUCCCCGGUUUGACGCAGAGGCAGAUCAGUUCUCCGGCUUCCACAUUCGUUCAGUGCUUUGUGUACCUAUUUGGAACAGCAACCAUCAAAUCAUUGGUGUGGCUCAGGUGCUCAACAGGCUGGAUGGUAACCAGUUUGAUGAUGCAGACCAGAGACUGUUCGAGGCCUUUGUGAUCUUCUGUGGCCUUGGCAUCAACAACACCAUCAUGUACGACCAGGUGAAGAAGUCCUGGGCCAAACAGUCCGUGGCUCUCGAUGUUCUGUCAUACCAUGCAACCUGUUCCAAGACUGAGGUCGACAAAUUCAAGGCUGCUAACAUCCCCCUUGUUUGCGAUUUUGGCAUCGAUAAGCUUUCCUUUGAUGAUUUCUCUCUGGAUGUAGACGCCAUGAUAACCGCAGCCCUCAGGAUGUUUAUGGAGCUGGGCAUGGUGCAGAAGUUCAAGAUCGACUACGAGACUCUGUGCAGAUGGCUGCUGACGGUCAGGAAGAACUACCGCAUGGUGCUGUACCACAACUGGAGGCACGCCUUCAACGUCUGCCAGUGCAUGUUCGCCAUACUAACGACGGCAGGCUUCCAAGAGACCCUGACGGAGAUUGAGAUCCUGGCUCUUAUAGUGGGCUGUGUCUGUCACGACCUGGACCACAGAGGAACCAACAACGCCUUCCAGGCCAAGACAGGUUCAGCCUUGUCUCUGUUGUAUGGAACCUCAGCUACUCUCGAGCAUCACCACUUCAACCACGCCGUAAUGAUCCUGCAGAGUGAGGGACACAACAUCUUCUCCAACCUGUCGUCCAGAGAAUACGGUGACCUCAUGCAGCUUUUGAAACAGUCCAUCCUGGCCACAGACCUCACUCUAUACUUUGAGAACAGGAACACAUUUUUUGAGCUGGUCAACAAAGGCGAAUACAACUGGAACGUGAAAGGCCACAGAGACAUGUGUAGGUCCAUGUUGAUGACAGCGUGUGACUUGGGGGCCGUCACCAAACCCUGGGAAAUAUCACGCAAGGUGGCAGAACUGGUCACCAGUGAGUUUUUUGAGCAGGGGGACAGAGAGAGAUCUGAACUGAAGCUCACCCCAUCUGCCAUUUUUGAUCGAAACCGGAAGGACGAGUUGCCGGGGCUGCAGCUGGAGUGGAUCGAUGGGAUCUGUGCUCCGCUUUAUGAGACAUUGGUGAAAAUAAACCCUAAGCUCCAGCCAAUGGUUGACUUGAUCCAGGCUAACAGGGCCAAGUGGGAGGAGCUAAACAAAGAGAGACAACGCAGCCAGAAACAGAACGUGUCCAUGCUGUAG